GUUUGGAGUGAUGCAGAACCUAAAUGUGAAGGACUGUGGACCAUCAUGCUCAACGACUCAGUGUCAACCCUUAACCAAAGUGUUGAAGGAUCAGGGUCUUUUUGAUGUGACUAUACAUCAGUGUUCCACUGUUUGGAAUUCAUCUGCACAAUGGAAUGAAGUAGAAAAAAAAGUUGUCAGUUUUAUUGAGAAUAAUGAGUGUUGGGAUAAGUGUUUAGAUUUUGCCCUUUUGCCUCUGCGUAUAUCUAGAGGAAAAGAUGCGCAGUACACACCAAGCUAUUUAACAUUUGGCAGGGAAUUCCGCCUGCCCCUAUACCUAUCACAUCGAGAGGAUGUCAGCUGCACAAGUGCCACACUGGACCCCCACCUGACAAUAGGCCAGAUGCAGUGCUCAACUGAUAGACUAGUCCAACUCUACACAGAAUAUACCAGUGAUAUGGGGAAAGAAGUCACGGAACAAAACGUUGAGGUGACGGACAAAACCGACUUUAAAGUACCCACAAGCUCUAAUCUGUCUGGAAAGAAACGUGGAAAAAGAAAGAGAGGCUUGCAACAAACCGACAAAGAAGUGGAAGAGAACAAUGAUAAUAGUGAUGUUGUUUACAGUACUGAGGGUUCAGAGGGUAAUACAGACGUUCCUUUGUCUACAGGGCUACCCAAGGGGGCAAAAAAGCGUAAACCCAGACAUUCCCAGCAGCUCAAGGAUAGCAAACAUAUCAAAACAGAAUCAGCCAAGGAGGCAGAUAAUGAUGGAGAUUUUGAAAAAUAUGAUCAAGAAAUGUGCAAGAUAUCCUUAGAUGUGUUCUAUAGAAGCAUUUUGACCUACUUGGAAGAACAGACGUACCCUCGUGGGAGUAGUGAACACCUGAAGCGGUCUGUCAGGAAAGCCCACACUAGUUACUCUGUAGAAGAUGGAAAACUCAUGUACAACAUCGGAUCUACUGGCAAAAAGCUAGUAAUCACCACACUGAAUAGCAGGAUGGAACUCCUGAAGUCUGCACAUAUAGACUCCGAAG